AUGCUGGGGAAGCGAAAGCGAGAAGUCGCUGUUGCCACGCGACAACGGUUGCGCAGUCUCGAUGACGAACAGGCUGUCGCAUCACCCGUCGCUGUCGAUCGAGAGAUAUUUCGCAAAUACUUCGAGUCCACUUUCGAACCUUUACCGGAAACUGAGAUUACAAUAAACCCCCCGCAAGAAAAGGAAGAAGAUGACGAAGACAAAGGCGAGGACGAUGAUGCCCAUGGGGACUCUGAGGAAGAGCCGGAGUGGGAUGGUCUCUCAGAUCCAGAGCUUACGACGCUACAGUUGAGGUUGUGUAACUUCACGCCGCGAGUGGCCUGGCAGAAGAAGCCGGAGCACGUCGGCAACAGUUCAAGUCAUUCAUGUUCGCGGCCCCCGAAAGAGAUAGAUCGCGCGGGCAGACAAGGUCCCGUCCAGGAGGCCGACGAAGGCGAAGACGCUGCUGCUGAGGCCCUGAAUCUGAAACAUGAUCUUGAUCUUCAACGACUCCUGAAAGAAUCCCAUCUGCUCGAACAGGCCACCAAGGCGUCAUCCACGCCCGGAACUCACCGGCACAAGGUGGUGGACAUGCGCAUGCAAGCCUUGGGCUCUAAAAGCUCCAUGUUUCAUCAAGAGAAGAUGCCGCUGGCUCAUAGGAAGGGGAUCCUGGCAAAGGCCGCGGGCCGGGAGGCCAGCCGAAGAAAGGAGGCCCGGGAGAAUGGCAUCAUCCUGGAGAAGGCCUCGGGAAAAAAGACGUCCAAAGAUGCCCGAAGAGAGCGCGCCGUUGACGUUCCUACCGUGGGCAGAUUUCGAGGAGGUACUCUGACGCUGAGCAAGAAAGAUGUCUUUGAUAUCCAGGGACCAGGCCUUUCUACAUCUCGUGGGAAAACACGACGACGACGAUAA